GAGAACCCGGCAGCCCCUAGCCAUGGAGUCACAGGUAGGGCGUGUGGGGUGGGGGGAACCCGAGGAGCUGUGAGUGCCACCCGCGGCGAGAAGCAUCUGAGGAAGGACCACGCUGAGCCCCUGACAGGUGUCUCCACCGUAAGUGCCCUUAACGCAGCAGCUCGAUGACCUAGAGACUUGGCGUUUGUUAUUGCUGCUGUGAUCUUCAAAGAUGAUGUUGGCAGAGCAAGCCCAGAAGUGGUUCCCAACUCACGUGCAAGUUACAGUCCUUCAAGCCAAAGGUCUGAAGCCGAAAGGUAAAAAUGGCAGCAACGAUGCCUACACCAUCAUACAGCUGGGCAAGGAGAAGUACUCCACCUCAGUGGCUGAGAAGACCCUGGAUCCUGUCUGGAAAGAAGAGGCCUCCUUUGAGCUCCCUGGAUUACUCAUGCAGGAGAAUCCAGAAAAAUACAUCCUCUACCUGAUUGCCAUGCAUAGGUCGCUGGUGGGGCUGGACAAGUUUUUGGGACAGGUGGCAAUAAGUCUGAACGAUAUAUUUGAAGACAAGCAAAGACGGAAAACAGAGUGGUUUCCGCUAGAGUCUAAACAAGGGAAGAGAACUAAAGACAGAGGAGAAAUAAAGGUCAACAUUCAGUUCAUGAGGAACAACAUGACAGCAAGUAUGUUUGACUUGUCAAUGAAGGACAAAACCAAAUCCCCUUUUGCUAAACUAAAAGACAAAAUGAAGGGUCGAAAACCUGAUGGGACGUUUCUGGAUACAUCCUCUGCAAUCAUCCCAAGUACUCACAUACCUGAUGCAAAUGUAGAGAUCUGUAGUGGUGAAGUACAAAUGAAAUCAAAACCAAAAAAACCUUUCCUUUUGGGACCUCAGAGGCUCUCCUCAGCUCACUCCAUGUCAGACUUAACAGGAUCUCAUGUCUCCUCAGAAAAGCUCAAGUCCAGCACAGUUGGCUACCCUCAUCUUUUCAGGCGUCAGCUGGAAUCUUUUGGUUCAGUUGAUGAAGGUGGGAGUCUAAAAUCUCCACAUAGAAGGACACUAAGUGUUGAUACUUCUAAAAUGAACCAGCCUGACAGCACAGUUGAUGAAACUGCACUUGAAGCACAAAACGACCCAUUUACCAAUGUGAGUGCUUCAUUACCCCAGAAAUUUGCUACACUGCCAAGACAGAAGAAUCCCUUUGAAGAAAGCCCAGCGACAUGGGAUCCAAACAUAAGUCUUUUUUCCAAACCUGUUGACAUCAGAAAAGAAAUUAAAAAAGAGAAAAAAGAGAAAGUUAGUCUUUUUGAAAGAGUGACUGGAAAAAAAGAUAGCAAGAGGUCAGAUAAACUUGGCAAUGGAGGAUCAGAGAGCUCUACUGACUUGAAAUCACCUAGUGUGUUUGAAACUCAUCAGGAGAGUUUUGAUCAUGAGUCAACUAAUCCCUUUCUGACCAACUUCAAGCCGACAAGCAUGUUACCAUCUUCAAGUUUUAACAUAAAUCCUUCUGGCUUUGAGGACCUCAGGAAAACAAUGGAUGGGAACCCUUUCGACGCCACCGCGGGAUACCGUAACCUUACUUACGAAGAAGUUUUGCAGGAGCUGGUGAAACAUAAAGAGCAACUGAAGAAGAAGGACACCCACAUUCGUGAGCUUGAGGAUUACAUUGACAAUCUUCUUGUCCGAGUGAUGGAGGAAACACCCAGUAUCCUCAGAGUGCCAUAUGAACCUUCCCGGAAAGCCGGCAAACUUGCCAAAAGCUAAGGUGGUGAUGCUUGGGGAUACUUAGUGGAAGGAAAUCCAACUUGUUACAUUCUGACUUCUCUUCAUUCCUUUUCAUCUAAGAAAUUCCAGAAAUCAGGGGAGGACAGGACUACAACAUGGGGUUGGUUGGUUGGUUUGGUGUAUUUUUUUUAUUCCAAACACUAGCAGGGACUGCCAAAGGUCAUAUUCUGUUAGAUCAGCUAAAUGACUUUGGGUUUUUUUUUCCUUUUUGAAAACACCUUUAGGUACAGAAUACUUACAGCAAUGUUAAUAAUACAGAAUCACAGAAAGCAUCUGCUUGGAAAAGACCUCAAAGGUGAUCCAGUCCAACCUUCGACCCAGCACUGAGGAGGUCAAUACUAAACCAUCUCCCUAAGCACCAGGUCCACACGCUGCUUGAAUACAUCCAUACAGUUUAUAUAACAGCUUUGUGUUCACUGUGUGACAGUUCCAGCUGGGAAGCCUAUGCUGUUAUGAAUGUUUUCUUGAGUGAUUUUCUUGUUAUGAUGCAAAUAGAUCAACUCUGAUAUUCCAGCAUGCCAUCAGGAGCACUGUUUUCAAGCCAGCGUAGUAUGCUUUGCUAAACCUAACUGUGGUUUGCCGUGACGGAAUGUAGUCUGUUCUACACAGGUUAGAGGAAAACAGUGAUGCACAAUCUUUGCAGAGUCAAUGCUGUAUUCUAUACAAUGUGCUCUUUUUUUUGUAUACCAAUGCCCAAAUCCUGUGCCCAUUUCAGUAAUGGCACGUGCUGGAAACAGUUUAUUUUGAUGCUGAAUGUUGUGUAUAACGACUGAACUUCAGUAGUGAGCUCACAGCUUAAGGUUGGGGUUUGGUUUUUUUUGUAUGAAGCUGUUGCAUGCCUUUUUAUACGUUAAAGUACUUGGAACAGUGUUAAUGGAAUCUGAGGUAGGACUGAAGAAAAGUAGGGAGUAAAGGUAUGAGUACUUUGUGUUCAGUCAAAGUCUGCUACAGUGAAAACGUAGGGGAAGUGAACAGACUGACUGAAAUAGGAUAAUUCAAACAUUACAGACGUGGCUGAAUUUAAAGUUGAGUUUUACAUGAUAUGUAGCUGUCUUAGGGUUUUUUAAUCUUAUGACAAUGAAGUGUAUGCCUUUAGAAAUAGGCCAUGCUGCUUAAGCACAUAUAGAGUACUUAGGCUUUUCAUUAAAAGAAAAAUCUAUCCCUUGUAAGUACUUCUAAAAGUCAUUGGGGGCAAGUAAAAGAAGAAUGUAGUAAAUGUAAGUACUUCUAAAAGUCACUUUUCAUUGGGGGCAAAUGAAAGAAGAAUGUAGUAAAUGUAAGUACUUCUAAAAGUCACUUUUCAUUGGGGGCAAAUGAAAGAAGAAUGUAGAAAAAAUGUCUUUAUGGUCAUCUAAUAAUUGUUUGUGAAAAGACAUUUUAAAAAGGUAUCUGUUAGGAAGAAAUUGGUGAAUGUAUAAUGGGAAAAUACCAUAGGAGAAUCCUCACAACGUUGAGAUAAACAGAUUUGAGUUUUAAUUUCCUUCCUGAGAGUCUGAGGUGGAUUGUCUGCUGCUGUGAAACAGUAAGCUGACAUUAAAAGAAAAAAGCAAACAACCAAGGAAUAUGUUAGAUGUGGAUUUAAGAAAACUUACUGCCUUUUCUUCCGUGUCUUUUUCUACUCCUGGUCUGUCCUUGGUUUCUUACAGCAGUACUGAAGUGGCUGUUGGCUGAGGAGGAGGUAAAAAAAAAAAAGGUUGAAAUUAAAAUCCAGUUUCUUGUUGUUAUAAAAGAUGUAAAUGUGUUUUCCUUUCUAAACCUGCAAGAAAUUUGGCCCAGCUUGAAUAAUUCUGAUUUGGAAAGGUUGAAAAAGUUUGCUUUUGGCAAUGUCAGUGUUGUGUGACAGGAUGGGAUUAUUCUGUUAGGGAAAAAAAUACUUCUUUGUACAGUUGUGCUCAGAUUUCAACUACUGCUCUUUGGAUUUUCCUUUUUCUUUUUUCUAUCCACUACCUCCCAUCCUCCUAGCACUAUGUCCCCAGAAUAUAUGCAGUUGGUGUGUUCCCAACCUACCGUCUUAGUGUAGAUCAUGGUGCCUGAAUGGAGCCUGAGUGAUUCAAGCCGCACCUACUUGUAAUGCAGCAGCAGCAGGCCCAGCUUCAGCAGAUAGUCUCUCUUCUGGUGACUGUGGUACCUCAUAAACCACAUGAAUGUCCUUUUGACCCACUUUAAGAUCUGACUGACUGUAAAUUUGUUGUAUUGGAUGUGCCAAAGAUUAUGUACUGAGUUAUGGUACAUUUGCUGUUGGAAGUUAGGUUUUGCACUCAACUGGAUUUUAAUUUCCUAGUUCCACCAAGAUGUAUUUCAGUUACUCAGUAUUUCCAUACAAGCUCCUAAACUUCUCAAAUGUUUUCUUGGCCAAAGCAAGUGGUUUUCUCAUAUUGUUAAGGGAGAAGUGCUGUGCAAUUGUUUGAGUCAUAGAAUAGAAUCACAGAAUGGUUUAGGAUGGAAGGGACCUCAAAGAUCAUCCAGUUCUAACCCCUUGCCAUAGGCAGGGACACCUCCCACUAGAACAGGUCACUCAAGACCUCGUCCAACCUGGCCUUGAACACCUCCAGGGAGGGAGCAGACACAACAUCCCUGGGCAACUUGUGCCAGUGUUUCACCACCCUCACUGGAAAGAACUUCAUCCUAACAACCAGUUUCAAUCUCCUCUCUGCCAGUUUAAACCGAUUAGUCCUCAUCCUGUCAUUACAAGACCUUGUCGAUAGUCCCUCCCCAGCCCUCCUGUAGAUCCUCUUCAGAUACUGGAAGGCCACUCCAAGGUCUCCUCCAAGCCUUCUCUUCUCUAGGCUGCAGAGCCCCAACUCUCUCAGCCUGUCCUCCCAGCAGAGCUGCUGCAGCCCUCUGAGCAUCCACAGUCUUUUUGAAACUAACUGGUGAGAGGCUACCUGUAGUAUCUACAACAGUUAAAUCAUCCACACCGAUGGGGUUUGACAAGCAAACUAACCAGAGAAUAUGCUCCUGUGACUUUUCACCUGCAAGCCAUCUAACAAUUAUUAAAAUGAAACUCCACUAUAUUUAGCACCUCUGAAAUCACUUCUUUUAGAAUGUAAAUGUAGAGUCUCAAACUGCAUAAUUGCCUAAAAGCAGAUCAUUUGACAUAUUUGCAUACCAAGAACGAUAAGCAGAUUAAAGGUAGCGAAAAGAUCAAUUUUUGUGCAUUAGUGAAGAAAUUUAGUGAAGCUUUGAAUGUGCUAUCUAGUCUUGAUCUGAUCUGCAAGUGAACAAAAGCACCUUUUGUUUCUAACAGUUUGUCAAGAAAUGACAAAUGCAGUUGAGGAAAAGGUAAAGUUCCUACGAGGCAGAAUGAGAUAUUUAUAUCUAUGAAGAUACUUCUGUGCAGUUAAAAUCAUUGAAUGGUCUGGGUUGGAAGGGACCUCCAAAGCUCAUCCAUUCCAACCUCCUCUGCAGUCAGCAAGGACAUCCUCAACUAGAUCAUGUUGGCCAGAGCUCUGUUGAGCCUCAUUUGAGUAUCUCCAAGGUCAGGGCCCAACCACCUCCCUGGGCAACCUGUUCCAAUGGCCCAGUAACCUCAUAGCUAAAGGUGCAGGCUGCUUUUGGAGCAGCUCUGGAAGAUGCCACAUGUGUUAUUUCCUGCUUAGAAUGACCAUUCAGACAUCUUUCAUUCAGAUACCAUUCAUCUACCUGAAGGGAAGUUGUAGCCAGGUGGGGGACAAGGGACACAGUCUCAAGUUGUGUCAGGGGAGGUCUAGGCUGGAUGUUAGGAGGAAGUUCUUCACAGAGAGAGUGAUUGGCAUUGGAAUGAGCUGCCCAGGGAGGUGGUAGAGUCACCAUCCCUGGAGGUGUUCAAGAUAAAGCAUGGAUGAGGCACUUAGUGCUGUGGUCUAGUUGAUUGGCUAGGGCUGGGUGCUAGGUUGGACUGGAUGAUCUUGAAGGUCUCUUCCAAGCUGGUUGAUUCUAUGUUUCUAUGAUCUUUCUGUGUUUCAAGAUUAUUUUUUACAAGCAUCUUCACACAUUCUGUUUUGAAUGAAAACUUCUCACGUGGAAUGACUGAAAACAAAGGAAGUUCUGUUUCUCUCAUGGGACAAAAUUGUUCAACUUUCUUGCAGGUGAUUUUUAAACCAUAAUAAUGUGCCACUUCUGGUCAGUCUUAUUUUGUUUGCCCUUUAAAAUGCAGGGAUGAAAAUUUGUGGACAUUGAGUGAUUUGGAAUUUUUAAUCUGAAAAAUUAGGACCCACCACACUUGGAAAUUAUCCUUUGAAACUGCUCAUAGCCAUCUGCUUUCCUUUAAAGAACAAAUAGCAAGGUCCUACUUCAGUGUUGUAAGUAGCAAGUUUAAAGUUUCUACCAUUCAAGAAGGACAUUUAAUAUUUAUUUAUGUUACCUCUUGCUGCUGUAUUUUAAGUUUAGCUUGGGUUUUCCACCUACUAAUGAAUGUAGCAUUCUCCCUAGAUUACACAUAACUACAUUUAUUGCUCUUGGCUCUGUAUCAAGAACUAUUUGUAAUUUUCCAGCUGUGAAAAUGUUGCCUUGCACUUAGAAAAGGCUUCAUGAUUUGAGGACCUACUGAAAAUCGUGCUGGUUAGGUACUAGUUUGAGUUUCUUUCUGUGCAGGAUGCCCUUUUCUUCUAAGAAGCAGAACUGCUGUCUUAAUAUGUUUACUGCUGCACUGGAGGUUUAUUUACACUUCCAGCUUAAAAGAAUUAUUGUCAGCCAUCAAGUAUAGAAAGUAAGCUCAUGCUUUUUUGUUCUCUGUGUCCGUUAUGCUGUAGAUGUGAUAGAAGCAUUAGCUGUGGGCUUUUAAAAUGGUCAAGUUUAAAGCAUGUUGACUAACUUCCUCUCUUUGAAGUACGUGGUGAAGGAUGAUAGCACUGCUGUGUUGAUGAUGCUAGAUUUAAGGGUCUGUCAGCACUUUAAGUACAAGCCCCUAUUUUCAGGGAUUUAUGGCUUCUAAAUGUAGAUGUGCAGUCGCUGGAAGUGUUUAAUAUGCAAUAGGUAGCACUUUAAUCUGUUUGUGAAGGGGGUUGAGAUUUGCUUCUGUUGAACAAGUUCCAAUCUCCUAAAGCAUGGAGGGCAUUUGCUUUACCUUUCGCAGUUUGUGCUUUGAAGCAGCCACUAUGUGUUGCAAAUGGUAGAGCCAUUCCUGUUCAUCUUAGAAGCUUCCAGAUGUCUUGUAUGACAGUGUACUAUAAAAAGCUGAAGAUCCAGGUUACAGAGGAGGUCUGUAAAAGAAUUGAACAUUAUCUGUAACUUAAGGGUUGAUUUCUGUCUCGUGCAACCAAUGGUAGUUUGUCCACCUUUAAUAACGGUACAGAAUCAUAACUGUAUGCACAUGUGAAAACUAUCAACUUAGACUGCAUGAAAACAAAAAUUUGGGGUUUUGUUUCUUUAUUGCAACUUCAGCUCCUUUAAUUUGAUUCCAGUGUUACCUUUCUCUUUUAAUUUCUGCUCAUUAAAUAAAUAUUGCAUGUCUGACACUAAUAAAGCACCACGAUGCACUACCGCAGUA